CAAUAACAACAAACUCAUCGUGCUGUAUUUUUGUCUUAUUGUGUUUUGGUUGGUUUUAAGUCAAUUAGUUUCCAUUUUUACUUGAAACAGUUAUAUUUCAUUCACAUUAAUCAUCGUCAUGGGUUGAUUGUUCAUCUUCAAAGAGUAGUUUGACUGUUUGUUUAACUGGAUAGCAUUACCAAGUCCUAAUCUUUGCAACUGUAAUCUAGGUGAUUUGGUGUGCUAUACUUUCUUCACUUUUAACUGAUUGUCAAAAUAUUUUAAUUGCCGACCAAUACAUUAAUAUUAUAACUUAAUUAAAAUGGCUAUACUUGGAAUACAAUUGGUUGUGACAAUGGUGAUGUUAAGUAUCUUGCAUAAGUUUGCCAUUCAUUACUCUUUUGCUCGAUGGUUACUUGCUCACAGGUUGAUCAGGUAUCUUCAACCAACCGAACAGCAGAUUAAGCGUGGUGUUGCUGCUCUCGCAAAUGAAAGAAAAGCCCAUCAAGACGAUAAAAAUGUUAAACAAUCCAAAUCAAAGUCUAAUAAACAAUCAUCUUUUCGAGGAAAAAGAGGCAGAUCUGAUAAAAACAAAGCUGAUGAAAAUCUGGUUCCUAAAAAGUUGGCAUUAACUUUGGAAGCCGAAAGAGUGCAUUCCAUAGAUUUGAUUCAACUAAAUUUUUAUAAGGAAUAUCACUGGCUUAUUGAUUUUGCCUUAUAUGCAACCAUUGUGUAUAUCAUUUCUGAAAUUCAGUUCUAUUUAAUUCCUGAAAGCAAAGAAAUGAAUCUCAGUUUAAUCUGGUGUAUACUCGUUAUUGGUUUCACCACGAAAUUGUUGUUAACUAUCACCGGAAUCUACUUCAGAGGGAAUGAUGAUGCAAUUGGGGAAAGAUCAAUGUGUCUGGUAUCUGGAGGCCUUUUCUUUCUCUUUUCUAUGAUUGUUCUCAUUGCUGAUGAAAAUUUUCUGGAAUUUGGAUUGAAUCCAGCCUAUUCUACAUUCAAUUCAAAUGCUAUUCAGUUUUUUGAAGCUCAUGGGCUACAUGAGAGCACUAAGGGAGUCACAUCUAAAUUGUUAUUCAAAUUUUGGCUCGCCGUGUGGAGUGGAUUAAUCGGUGCUCUAUUUAUCUUCCCUGGUAUACGGUUUGCACAAAUGCAUAAAGACUCUUUAGAUUACGCUGCAGGAAAACCGUUUCAACAAUUUUUAUUUCAUACGGCUUUUAUAUCACCUUUAUUAAUUAUCCUUUCAUGGAUCAAACCAAUCGGUCGUGUCUAUUUUUCUGAAAAAGUUUGGCCUAACAGAGGAGUUCUAAUGGCUCCAGUCUCGUUUGAUACGCUUCGAAUCGUUAUAAUUUUAGCUAUUAUGAUAUUUCGAAUUAUUUUAAUGCCAAAAUAUCUGCAAGCAUAUCUUAACUUAGCUCCUCGUAAAUUAAGUAAAUUAACGCGUGAAUCUGGUAAAGUUAAAACUGAAGUGAUCCAAAGGACGGUUUCAGGAGUAUUUUAUUACCUCUGCGUCGUGUGUCUCCAGUACGUUUGUCCUCUUCUGUUGAUCCUUUUCACGUGUAUCUUGAUGAAAAAUUUGGGCGACUAUCAAUGGUUAAGCUUGUUUACUGGCCAAUCGACUGGAGUGUCCGAGGCAUACAUUUUUGGAUCAUCUGAACAGUUCAGUCUGAAAGAAUUAAGAGCAGUUUUUAAUCCAGUAUUUUUCAGAGGAGUCCUUGGUUACAUGAGCUGGUGGCUGUCAGUUGUUUGGUUUACUACAAGUGUCAUUGGUUUUAUUUACCAUUCUUACUUCAGUAGAGAAAAUGAAGGCUCUCAAAAGAAUUAGUUAAAUAUUAGUUUUGAUACUAGACGUGUCAGUUUUCAGUAAAUUGUAAUUUCAAUUCACUUGCAUUUUUGAAAACGAGGUGAUAUAGAAAUGACAAUUUUAGCAAUAAGAAUCAUAUUUUUACAGUGAGCAUAAUAAGCAUGAAUAUCUUAUUAUGGUCUCUUCUCGCCACUGCCAUUAUUCGUAAUUGACUAAAUUGAAUAAUUCAGUAUAUUUCAAUAAGAUCUAACAAUUCUUAAUUUUGUAGCCAAACUAACUGUUAGAAAUACUUUUGAGCUCUACAAAGUUCCUUCCUUGAUAAGUGUACCAUGACCUCUUCAUCGCUUCAAGAUAUCUAUGUUAUGAUUUUCUUGAAAAAAUGCAUUUUCCUUAAUAAAGUUUCUAGUCUCUUUACAUUGCUUUACAAAA